GCAUUUCCUGGAGAAGCAUAUGUUUAUUCUUCUAUGGUGUGACAAGCGACAAAAAGCGUACUAUUGCCACCUAUUGGAAACUGGUAUAGCUGCAGGCUGCAGUGCUCUGUUAAAGACAACAGAUSAACAGAAGACAAGCUAGCCACAUACCAAAAUGUAUUUCUGCAAGCAGCUAGCCUGUGGGGAGCCAAACUGAAUCAGCCAACCACCCAUUCCUAUGAAGAUAAAAGAAACCUGGGCUCAUGAGGAUUGCUGGGCACACACCGAGUGGGAUAUCCACCAAGCACUGGAGUACAGAUAACACUGCACUACCACCACUGUGGUAAACCAUGAUCCCCAUCACUGAGCUGCGUUACUUUGUAGACUGUCAGCCUGCUUACCGUAUCCUGAAGCCAUGGUGGGACGUCUUCACCGACUACAUCUCUAUCGUCAUGCUCAUGAUCGCCGUGUUCGGGGGCACGCUGCAGGUCACUCAGGACAAAAUGAUCUGCCUGCCCUGCAAGUGGGUGGUCAACCAGACCUGYAGGAGGUAUUUCAAUGCCACCCUGUCGGGCCCGCUGAUGUUGGAGCCCAAAGGGAUCCAAUACAACCUGGACCGCCACCAGUACAACUACGUAGACGCCGUCUGCUACGAGAACCGCCUGCACUGGUUCGCCAAGUACUUCCCCUACCUGGUGCUACUGCACACGCUCAUCUUCCUGGCUUGCAGUAACUUCUGGUUCAAGUUCCCCCGGACUAGCUCCAAACUGGAGCACUUUGUGUCGAUUCUCCUGAAGUGUUUUGACUCUCCCUGGACCACCAGGGCUCUGUCUGAGACGGUGGUGGAGGAGAGCGACCCCAAGCCGAUGAAGAUGAAUGGCUCAAUGGAUAAGAAAGUGUCGUGUAUCAGCGAGGAUGUGGAGGCUAGCGUCCCCAUGCUCCAAAGGACAAAGUCUCGCCUGGAGCAGGGUAUUGUGGAUCGCACAGAGACAGGCGUCCUGGAUAAGAAAGAAGGUGAACAGGCAAAGGCCUUGUUUGAAAAAGUGAAGAAGUUCCGCAUACACGUGGAAGAGGGAGACAUUGUGUACAGGCUCUACAUCCGACAGACUAUUAUCAAAGUCAUUAAGUUCAUUUUCAUUAUCUGCUAUACAGGGUAUUAUGUGCACAAUAUUCAGUUCAGCGUGGACUGUAGUGUGGAUAUAGAGAACCUCACGGGGUACAGCAUGUAUCGUUGUGCUCAUCCUCUGGCCACGCUGUUUAAGAUCCUAGCUUGUGUCUACAUCAGCUUAGUGGGGGUUUACGGAUUAAUUUGCAUGUAUACCCUCUGUUGGAUGCUGCGGCGCUCGCUGAAGAAAUACUCCUUUGAGUCGAUACGAGAGGAGAGCAGUUACAGCGACAUACCGGACGUAAAGAACGAUUUUGCUUUCAUGCUGCACAUGAUCGACCAGUACGAUCCGCUGUACUCCAAACGCUUUGCCGUCUUCCUGUCUGAAGUGAGCGAGAACAAGCUGCGGCAGCUCAACCUGAACAAUGAGUGGACUCUGGACAAACUGAGGCAGAGGAUCACCAAGAACUCCCAGGAGAAGCUGGAGCUGCACCUGUUCAUGCUGAGCGGCAUCCCAGACACCGUGUUUGAUCUGAUCGAGCUGGAGGUGCUGAAGCUGGAGCUCAUCCCAGACAUCACCAUCCCUCCAAUCAUCGCCCAGCUGGUCAACCUGAAGGAGAUGUGGCUAUACCACACCCCGGCUAAGAUCGAGGCUCCGGCCCUGGCCUUCCUCAGGGAGAACCUCAAGUCCCUCCACAUCAAGUUCACAGACAUCAAGGAGAUCCCUCUGUGGAUCUAUAGUUUGAAGAACCUGAGCGAGCUGCACCUGACGGGGAACCUGAGCGCAGAGAACAAUCGAUAUAUUGUUAUUGAUGGGCUACGGGAGCUGAAGAGGCUCAAGGUCCUCCGGCUGAAGAGCAACUUGACCAAGCUACCUCAGGUGGUGACGGAUGUGGGUGUGCACCUCCAGAAGCUCUCAGUUAACAACGAGGGCACCAAGCUGAUGGUUCUCAACAGCCUGAAGAAGAUGGUGAACCUGACUGAACUGGAGCUGAUACGCUGUGAUCUGGAACGCAUCCCACACUCCAUCUUCAGCCUGCACAACCUGCAGGAGAUUGACCUCAAGGACAACAAUCUGAAGACUAUCGAGGAGAUCAUCAGCUUCCAGCACCUGCACCGUCUGGUUUGCCUUAAACUCUGGUACAACCAGAUUGCCUACAUUCCCAUCCAGAUCGGCACCCUCAACAACAUGGAGAGGCUCUAUCUGAACAGGAACAAGAUCGAUAACAUCCCCAGUCAGCUUUUCUAUUGUCGUAAGCUACGCUUCCUGGACCUGAGCCAUAACAACCUCACCUACAUCCCAGSAGACGUGGGGUACCUGCAGAACCUCCAGUACCUGGCAGUCACAGCCAACAGAAUCGAGACCCUGCCCAAUGAGCUGUUCCAGUGUAAGAAGCUCCGUACUCUGAACCUGGGGAAUAACUGCCUGACGUCUCUGCCGUCGCGCUUCGGGGAGCUGACGGGGCUGACCCAGCUGGAGCUGAGGGGGAACAGGCUGGAAUGUCUGCCCGUAGAGCUGGGAGAGUGCAAGCAGCUGAAGAGGACGGGCCUGGUGGUGGAGGAGGACCUCUUCAACACCCUGCCCACCGAGGUGAAGGAGCAGCUGUGGAAGGUGGACAAGGAGACGGCCUGAACAGAUAGGGGUUGGAGGUGGAUGUUAACUCUGUUGAAACGGACACAGCCAGGGCCCCUGGAGGACUACACAGACCCAGACAGCACGCUAACCGAGCAGGACCUGCUCACUUUGACUGUACUCUACUGCAGGGCUGCUUUUCAAGGGAAUCUAUGCUAAUGUCCCACCGUCAUGCGACUUUUUUCCUGCAGGAACAGUUGUGAAAUGCAGUUUCAAAAGAGACAUUGGUAAGGAAUAGUGUUAAGUUUUACAAGAUGUGUGUGCAUUGAAUGAGAUCAGAUGUGUUGCAUAUGAGAUUGCAAAAUGCAAUAUUCCUGUAAGAGAAAGGACUUACAUAAUUAGCCAGCAGAUGCAUUUUCUGGUGGGCAGUGUUAUUGUCAUUCAGACAGGGUAUAUUAUCCUGUCAUAUCGUAUCGUAACCCAUUUAUAUAACACAAUGCAGUAGACUACCCUUGAUCCAGAUUCUCUAGGGUGCUAAGGGAUGGUUAGAGAUUUACGGAACGGAGACAUGGAGAAAAAUGGGGGGAAGGCUUCAGGGCCAUGCUUUUUACAUUUCAGGUGCGGGGAGGGUUUAGUAUUUUUUUUWUUUUUUAUCGAGUCCUGUAAUUGAUCAAAUUAUGUUUCCUCGGUUUUAGAAUGAGUUGCUUACUAUAUAACGGUGUGUGCCCGAUGCCGCCCCAAAACCCUUAUUCUCCUCUGGGCACCCAAUUUCAAGUGACCUAUAGUUUAUUUGCUGUGAUCCCAAUCAAAUGAUCCAUUGCUUAUAGGCCUAGGCUAUACGAAGUGCAUGCUUGGAGAAGCACAGGGCAAAGUUAUAUUUGUAAGAAAAUGAACUUCCUGAAUGUUUUGCGCUGCUCUGAUGGUGUAAAUUAAACUAGACUACACUGCAUUACACACUGCAAUGGAUAUGCCAAUCAAGAACCCUGCCCUGCUCUUGCUGAUCAAAACCUUUUUGUGCUGUCUAACCAAUGGCUGUGCUGUGCAAGGUGGCAGUACAGGAGGCGAGUCAGAUUUCUUCUGAAAAUAAUUUCUCAUUCCGGCUAAUUUGAGUAGGCCUAAUUCAUUUCGAGUCUUCAUUUUAAUUUAACUUUACUAACAAGAGGGCUUUGUGUUGGAGCCUAUUUCUUCCUAUUUAAGAAAAAGAGGUAGGCCUACCUGUUUGACAGACGAAAUCAUAGGAUGUUAUAAAUAGAUUUUCUCGGCCAGUUCCCCCACCAACCAUGCACUCUUUAAAAACCGCUGUCAGUGAAGGGCUUGGUGUGUUAAGUGAAAACCACGGCUCGAAUUGAGGGGGUAUGUGAGUUUGCCAUACCUUUUGUUAAAGAAAAUGGCGAAAAGCAUAGACCUACCCUUUUUUAUUUUUAAGAAAAUAAAACGGRCAUUAUUAUAUAAAGCAAUCUAUAAUGGUGCUUUAGUCCGUGAUGCUUUAUGCUAGAAACAAGCUGUAAAAUACAUGGGAAAGACGAGACUCCGAUGCAUAUGGUGAUAUAUUUGGUUUGUCUCUAUGACUUUGAGGCUGAGCUACAACCAUCUAUAGCCGACGAGACAAUUUUUUUUUACUUUGCUUGGGAAGUAAUCUAAUAUGUGUGAUUCUGUCGCUAUCAAUUGAGCUAUUAAUUUUCUGUAAAAUGUUUAAACUCCAACAGCUUUUAGGGAAGUAUGCAAGGUCAACGCAUUCCUCUGACACAGCAAAACACAUGAAUAAGAGGAGCCUGCUUGUCAUCAGAAACGUGGAUUAUAACACAGCUGCAAUGAGCAUUACUAUGGAUGAAGACAAGAUUAACAAAAUAUGGUCUUAUGACAAAAGUACAACAGAUACAUCAUAGGAAUGAUAGCUGGCUAUCGCUAUGUAAACCUGGCAUUGUAUGUCAAUCACUAACUACUACAGUGUGCAAUACUACCUUUGCUCCUUCUAGCCAAAGGUUAAUACAGUAUGAUCCCCCGAAAAGGGGAUUCUUUUAAAUAGGCAGUACAUGGACAUUUUCACAUUUCAGUUAAUGGGAGGAGAGAUGUGAAUAAGAAGUCAAGAAGAUUUAAAGGGAUUUAUUAAAAAUAUAUAUAUUGCACUAGAUUGAGGAAAAUCAUCUUAUCUACAGUAAGAGGAUAGUCUCGUAUUACACAGUUGGACAAAUGCAGAAAAAGCACAGUGUGUAGGCUAUGUUAUUGGAGGUUAUUAUGAAAUGCAAAUGUCCUCAGCAAUGCUGGCGUAGACAAUCAACUCUAAUUUCAUGGUGUAUUUUCAGUGACAUUAUGCAUGUUAUAAUGGAAUUAUGUACAUAUUAUUGCUAGAUUACAUAGAAAGUGAGACAAGACUAGCAGUAAGGACUAGAUUAAGCCUAGUCCAGGACUAAAAAGCAUUCUCCGUCUCAAUGGAAAUUCUAAUUUGAAAGAGGUUUUUAUUCCAGGACGAGGCUGAAUCUGUCUAGGAAACCGACCCUAGAUGAGUCCUGCCCAUCGAGCGUGGGGUGUCUUGAAGAAACUGUCCCCUUAUGUCCUGUGCAAUGCCGUUUUCAAUAUGGAAACUGCAUUCGAUGCACGGGGUGUUUGUUGAAGUCUGAAUCAAUGUGUCAUCCCAUAGAAACCCAUUUAAAUCUUUUUUUUUAUCUACUCUCACUCACUCACUAGCCUAACUCACUAAAUCAAUCUUAUUGAAGCCACUAUUUUUAGGUAGGUUUAUUGAGUGGUAAAUGAAAUGCAAGCAAUACUUUAUGAUAUUAAUUUGAAAAACUGUCACACUUAGACAUUCCGUUUUUCUUCAGUGUUGAUAGCUAUUAGUACAGUACACCAACACCUCAGGAAAUUGCCAUUCAAUUUUAUCCUUGCAUCCUUCUUUUGUUGCCAUUUUUUUUGAUAUUCCACUCAGUAUUUUGAUGUUAAUUUAACAGUUGUUAUACCACACAUUUUUAUAUUUCUAUACUUUUUGAAAUGUUGUGUUCUGGUUUUUAUUAGCAUUUAAUAUAAGAAUUGCUGGUUCGAAAUUGUCGAACUUUGAAUAAAAUAUAUCUGAAAUCAGACAUCACAUGGGGCAAUUCAUUUCUAUGUCUUCUGUUUGUUAAAUCGGUAUUGUUUCAGAAUUUAACUAUGUUAAAGGUUUCUUUUGGUUCUCACUUGAAUUAAGAGUAUCGAAGGAAAGUAUGUUUCAUGUAGUUCUGUUUUUAAUCGUAAUUGUCAUUUCCAACAUGUCAUUUUGACACAAUAUCGUUUUUAAAUCUCAUUACUUUGUUGAAGACUGACAACCCCAGUUUUACUUUUCAUUCGGACACAGUGACUAGCAGUCAGUGUAGCAGCAGUAUUACAUUUAUUAUUUAAAAAAAAUAAUUCAGCACUUUUAGACAAUAACUUUGCUAUUUUGUUUAAAUGACAUGAAUGUUGUGAACUGUGUAAUCCUAAUUAUCCCCUUAAGCAUUAUCACCAUUCCCCUCCUCCUUUACUCUUUCAUUCCUGUUAUGAAAUUAUAGUAUAAUAAAUGUAAUUAUGCACAUACUCGUCUCAUUUUA